UCAGAAAAUAAAAUUUUGUACAAAUGGUUACCAAUAAUUAAGGCUGUCUCUCAAGUGGGCUACGCAACUUCCUUUACAGUUUUGGUAAUCGCUUUUCUCACUUUUUUUCUGCACAGAAAGUUACAAAAUCCGCGAAACAGAUUGCAUAUGCAUCUGUUUGCAUCUUUCAUUGUUCGGGCAUUCAUGGCUCUUUUCAAAGACUGGCUGUUUCUUGAAGGAACAGGCCUUUCUACAGACUUUGUCUAUGUAGGCGGGGAAAAAAUGUUUAUUAAGGAACGCAAUACAUGGGUUUGCAAGGCAGUUACAAGCAUAUGGCAAUACUGCAUUAUUGUGAAUUAUUCGUGGAUAUUAAUGGAAGCAUUGUACUUGCAUCGGUUGAUAUUUUCAUCCUUAUGUGGAGAUACGAAUGCAAUUACAUUUUAUAUUUGGCUAGGCUGGUGUUUACCAUUGCUGGUUGUUAUUCCUUGGGUAAUUGUUCGAGUAAAUCUUGAAGAUGUGCUGUGCUGGACAACUAAUCGCAACCCCUAUUUUUUUCUUAUAAUACGGAUUCCUAUCAUGAUAAUAAUUUUGUUCGGUUUUCUGAUCCUUCAGGUAAUGCUUGUUAAAAUUAUAUUAAAGAAAUCAGUUAAUUUGAAAAGGUUACGUUCU